AUUCCUGCUUCAGUGUCUUGAGGAUCUUGAUGCCAACCUACGGAAACUGAAUUCACGUUUGUUUGUUAUUCGUGGACAGCCAGCAGACGUUUUCCCCAGACUUUUUAAGGAAUGGAAUAUUGCAAAACUUUCUAUUGAGUACGAUUCUGAACCAUUUGGGAAGGAGAGAGAUGCGGCGAUUAAGAAGCUGGCUAGUGAAGCUGGAGUGGAGGUCAUUGUCCGAAUUUCCCAUACAUUAUACGACCUAGACAAAAUAAUAGAAUUAAAUGGAGGCCAGCCGCCUCUUACCUACAAGCGAUUCCAGACCCUAAUUAGUAGAAUGGAACCACUGGAGAUGCCGGUGGAGACUAUAACCCCAGAAGUAAUGGAAAAAUGUACUACUCCGGUAUCUGAUGACCAUGAUGAGAAAUACGGUGUCCCAUCACUUGAAGAGCUAGGUUUUGACACAGAUGGUCUGCCUUCUGCAGUGUGGCCAGGGGGAGAAACAGAAGCUCUCACACGUUUGGAAAGACAUUUAGAACGAAAGGCUUGGGUAGCAAACUUUGAAAGACCACGAAUGAAUGCAAAUUCCCUUCUGGCAAGCCCUACGGGGCUUAGUCCCUACCUCCGCUUUGGCUGUUUGUCCUGUCGUCUCUUUUAUUUCAAGUUAACGGAUCUGUACAAAAAGGUAAAAAAGAACAGCUCCCCUCCCCUCUCCCUCUAUGGCCAGCUGUUAUGGCGUGAAUUUUUCUACACAGCGGCAACUAACAAUCCACGGUUUGAUAAAAUGGAGGGGAAUCCUAUCUGUGUUCAAAUCCCAUGGGAUAAGAAUCCUGAGGCUUUGGCCAAAUGGGCAGAAGGCAGGACAGGUUUUCCUUGGAUUGAUGCGAUUAUGACACAGCUCCGUCAAGAAGGUUGGAUUCACCAUUUAGCCCGGCAUGCUGUAGCGUGCUUUUUGACUCGAGGUGACCUCUGGAUUAGCUGGGAAGAAGGAAUGAAGGUCUUUGAAGAGCUCUUACUGGAUGCAGAUUGGAGUGUGAAUGCUGGAAGCUGGAUGUGGCUAUCCUGCAGUUCCUUCUUUCAGCAGUUUUUUCACUGCUACUGUCCAGUGGGUUUUGGCAGAAGAACUGACCCAAAUGGGGAUUAUAUCAGACGUUAUUUGCCAGUACUUAGAGGUUUCCCUGCAAAAUACAUCUAUGACCCUUGGAAUGCCCCAGAGAGCAUCCAGAAGGCUGCAAAAUGUAUUAUAGGAGUUAAUUAUCCCAAACCAAUGGUAAAUCAUGCAGAGGCAAGCCGUCUGAAUAUUGAGAGGAUGAAACAAAUCUACCAGCAGCUUUCACGAUACAGAGGACUGGGUCUUCUUGCAACAGUGCCUUCUAACCCAAAUGGAAAUGGAAAUGGUGGCCUAAUGAGCUACUCGCCAGGAGAAAGCAUUUCUGGUUGUGGCAGUACAGGAGGAGCUCAGCUGGGAACUGGUGAUGGUCAUACAGUUGUUCAGCCAUGUGCCCUGGGAGAUUCUCACACAGGAGCAAGUGGAAUUCAGCAGCAAGGUUACUGUCAAGCAAGUAGUAUCUUACACUAUGCUCAUGGAGACAAUCAGCAGUCACACUUACUGCAAGCAGGAAGAACGGCCCUUGGUACUGGCAUUAGUGCAGGGAAACGCCCAAAUCCAGAAGAAGAAACUCAGAGCGUUGGACCAAAAGUCCAGCGACAGAGCACAAAUUAAACUGGUAAGAGCUGAGACACCUUCACGCUGUCCUGUUAAUGAGUAAAUUCCUGUAUGGAUUUUGUGUUUAUGCAAUGUUCAUGUCGCUGCGGUGCAAAGGAUCCUGAAAUACUGCUGUAAAUAUUUCAGUUCCAGGUACCAUACUAACAAACAAUACAAACUCCUGGCUCUAGAGUAUGAAACAAGAAGUAGUU